CGACAGCGUUCAUCAUAGCAACAAUGGCGGGAGGAGACUACCACCCGUACCGGUCGGACCCGGCGAUCGAGCGAUGGCAGACGAUGCACUCGUCGAUGUACCAACGAUUCCGCUUCACCCCGCGCACAACGAGGAAGGUACUCGCGUGGGGCUUGGUCACGCCCGUCCUGAUGUACGCUCUGGCGAAAUACUCUGAUGAUCGAUGGGAGCUGCGUGCAAGGACACGAACCGAGUCGCUGCUGCGCUACGAGCCCAAGACAGACAAGUCCGAGGGAGAUGCUGAAGAGUAG